CGCGCAAUGUGUGGAAGCAAGUAAGGUGUACAGCAGUGUACAGUGUGUUGCAGUGUGACUCGCGCCAAAUAUAGCUGUCAAAUUACUAUGAAAUCACUUGAUUUCAUCAAGAUGUUGUAAAGGACUAGGUAUACGAGCCAAGAGACUACCGACCAGCACUACACGACCUUUUGAACGUCUCACCAAGGGUAGAAAUAUCUAUACAAUAAAACUGUACAUAAUUCCAGUAGUGUUUGUUGUCAGUAUCUCCAAGGAAACAUGUCAGAGACGGCAGUAGUAAUUCAUGGGUCUGGCAACCCUUACAAAAUUGUCGAUUACGCAAGAGAGCGGCGAAAGGGGAUCACCGCAUCAUCCCUCAAAGAGUUGACGAGUAUUGCCAGAAGCCGCUUAGCCCUGCCUCAGGAUGUCGAUCUCACCAUUGUACUAGAACAAGAUGGAACAGAAGUAGAUGACGAGGAGUACUUUGCUACCCUGGAAAGAAAUACAAGUCUCAUGGUGCUUCAUGGAGAUCAGAAAUGGAUAGCUGCAGGCGGAAAAGCUGCUUCACGUUAUAUCGUGGUAGAUAACGUAGACAAUUCACAGGGUGGUUCCAAAGGUAGCGGUGAUGUACUAAGAAGAGCCAGAACGCCGAUCGAACCCUUAGUUUCAUCCCUGCAUGGAGAUCCCUCUCAUAUUUCUCUAUUGGGAGGUAACGAUUUGGAAUUACUGAGCGACAUGGACCCAGAUAGUCUGGCUGAUAUUGUGCCAGACAGGAUGUUUCUGGAACAAUUGAAGGAAGCAUCAGGCAGAUUCCUGGCUGAAAAACGACAAGCUCAGGAAUCCAUGGCUUUACUCCAGAUGUACGCGAGUGGAGGUGAGAUGGAACGUGCGUAGGCCAUGUGGGGUGUGGGCGCCCUCACACUGGCUAAUAUGUACCAAGUGCGACGUCGUUUCUUCUACAAAGGUCGCCACAUACAGCAAACAUUAAUUCUUUUCUGGAAUUGAGCCCAUUUUUUAAAAUUGGUCACCAAGUGGUGAAGCAAAUUUAAUAACUCGCAAAUAGAAAUGCGUGUUAUCAGAGAAAUCUGAAUAGUGAUUGAUAAAAGUAAAAAAUUGCAUAACUCUAAUCAAACUUCUGCUUCCAUUGAAGAAACCCAAGUGCACGAGGAUACAGGGGAUAUAUGAAAUUCUUUUUUUUGACUAGUAGGGAAAAAAAGUAAGUUACCGCAAAAGCAUUUGGCAUUAUCUCUUAGAUUAUCUCUCGAAUUUUAAAUUCGUUAAUCAGACAUGUGUUGGUGAUAAAAAAAGUAUUUGCUUAUCCCUAGCAUGAGUUGUCUUUAGUAAUCGGUAGCACUGACUCGCAGUGCUUAGUAAUUACAAAAAUUCCUCAGGAGCAUGUUAAUUUUAACAACGGUUCUUUUACGGGGAAAUGCAUACUUAGUUGUGAGUUCGACACUAUUGUGCGUGAUAGUACGUAAUAUACUGUACGGAAUUGCUUCGAUGCUCAGCAAAUACCUACCUAGUACAUAAACAUAGUAUUAUCCGCUGCAUACUCCGAAUAUAUUCAAUCGUAAAGAAACAGAACAGAUGUACUAUGAAACGUAGAAUACUGCGAAAGAAAGUUAUUUCGUCGCGAUAUUGCCAUAUCAAUAAGAGCACAAAAAAGAUUUUAGUUACCACAAUUUGUAUCUAGUUAUGCCAUACGGUUCUUAAGUUAAAAGAAGUUUGGGGAAAUAUCUAAGACUGAGGAUCAUAGAGAAAAAAAAAUUCAUCCCCAUUUAGAUCACAAAUUCAUUGUGCACUAACACUAGCGAUACGUUUGAGAGAAUUAAAAUGAUAUCAACCCUUUGAUACCAGGCAAAGUUGUCAGUUUGAUAAAAAAAGAGAAACACGUAGAAAAACAAAAAUGAAGAAAGCAGAUAGGGGCUUCUGAAAAGGAUAUUGUUAUGUACAUAACAAUAGGAACGAUGAAGGUUCUGUUUGGUGAUCGAGAUGGUUGAAGAUUUGUUACUUGAAUCAGAGCUCCAAUAUUAUUUAUGGUAGAUAUGCUGUGCUUAACUAUAAAGGAGAUAAAGCACUCGGCUCGUUUGCCGCGAAAGAUAAAAUUUUACGUACGACCAUCAUUCUCUGCAGAAGCCCCAUUACUUAAUAUUGUGGCAUUCUUUGAUAUAUCUUGACAUCUAUAAAAUAAUGUGCAAUAUUCACAUUAUUAUUUGAUCGUUGUCAUUAAAAUUUUCAUGUCAUAAAGAAAAGAAAAAGUGAAAUGCAACGACCAGUAUAAGAGUAUUUAAUACUCGUUAAUAAUCUAAUGUGUUACUACUUAUAAACAUUACGUUAUAUAAAUCAGAAUAACCUUAGCUCAUAAUGAAUUGAUAAUUGAUUAAUAUUUUAGGUACAGUUGAGAUUAAUGAAUGAUGUGCUGUUAGCGAUUAACUAAUAUAUUAAAUAGAACUGCCAGUUAAGAACAAAGUCGAUCGAUGCUCAAUAAAGCCCCCCAAGGUUUAACAAUUUUUUAAUAUAACGGUAUUUAGUAUAUUCAGACCGAAAGGGUCACUUUAUUAUCACGUUACGGCCAUUAUUGAAUUACCAAGAACGUGCCAACAAGACUAACGUUAAGUAGGAAAAUGGAAACUGACUAAGUUUUAACACUAUGUAAGAAAUUGGCAUCGAUGAGCUGUAUCAAAUCGUUGGUAGUAUCUCGCAAACGAUUUGACGCGUUGCGUAAUUGACAAGCAGCUUCUUGCAGAGUGAAUUCGCUUCGUAAUAAUUGCCGAUUAACCGCCGUCAAUUCUUUAACACCAGCAGUAAUCAUAUCGCCGCUCAGUUCUGUUACGUCUCUGUCUAAUGCCUCGUUGCAUUCACCUGUUUGCAGUCAGAAAAAAUCGCUUUUUAAUACAUAGGUUCGUUCUGUUUCCGUCCGUAAGUUCGCAACAGUAACAUUCCUUGUAAAAAAUUAUUUCCUUCAUUCAUUAAAGUAUAGGAGCUAAUUACGACUUUGCGAUUAAAAUACUUAAGGGUGUGUAAUGUGCCUCGAUUUAAAGAGAAGAAAGCUAGAUUAUAUUAAGACGACCUGAUAAAUAUAGAGGCUUCGAUCUAGCGAAUAUACGUCUGAUUAAAAAUUUUCCAUGUAUCUAAAUUAUCAUCGUAUAAUCCUAUUUAUUACAGUUAUUGUAAUUCAGAUUGUAUUACUACAGUAUCAAUAAAUAAUUAUGUCUCAAUAUA